CCUUUGCUUUCUAAAGCUCUCAACAUCCUUAAACCUCAAAGAACAUACAUUGCAUAUUGAAAAUGGCAGAUGAAGGUUUAAGAAGGGCAGUGUUGUUUGGGGUUGUUGUAAUGAUGUUUUUGUUGAUUAACAAUGGUGUAAUGGGUCAAGACGCUGUGGGAAAUGAGAGGAAAGCUUUGGUUCCUGCCAUGUUCAUAUUUGGGGACUCUUUGAUUGACAAUGGCAAUAACAACAACCUCCCAUCUUUUGCAAAGGCUAACUAUUUCCCUUAUGGGAUUGAUUUCGAUGGCGGCCCCACUGGCCGCUUCUCCAAUGGCUUCACCAUGGUUGAUGAGAUCGCUCAGUUGCUUGGACUGCCAUUGAUUCCGGCGUACUCUGAGGCCAACGGCGACCGAGAUCGGAUGCGCUUCGGAGUUAACUACGCCUCUGCCGCCGCCGGUAUUCUUGAUAUCACCGGUAGAAAUUUUGUGGGACGGAUUCCAUUCAACCAGCAAAUCACCAACUUCGAGAGCACACUGGACCAGAUCACGGCCAGCCUAGGAGCACCGGACGUGGCGCAGGCGUUGUCGCACUGCAUUUUCUUCGUCGGAAUGGGCAGCAAUGACUACCUCAACAACUAUCUCCUCCCCAAUUAUCCCACCAAGAAUCAAUACAACGCCCAACAAUUCGCCGACCUCCUCGUCCAAAAUUACAACCAACAACUCACGAGGUUAUACAAUCUGGGAGCUCGGAAAUUUGUGAUCGCGGGGCUGGGAAUGAUGGGGUGCAUACCGAGCAUCCUUGCACAGAGCGAAACAGGGCAGUGCUCGGAGGCGGUGAACGAGCUAGUGGUUCCCUUUACGACCAACGUGAAGACAAUGCUCAACAACCUUAACACCAACCUCCCAGGUUCCAGGUUCGCCUACAUCGACGUCCGCAACAUGUUCCAGGAUCUGCUCAAGAACUACGCCCAAUACGGCUUCAGCGUGGUAAACCAAGGGUGCUGUGGGAUCGGGAGAAACAGCGGCCAGAUUACAUGUUUGCCCUUCCAAAUGCCCUGCGCCGAGAGGGAUCAGUAUGUGUUCUGGGAUGCAUUCCAUCCCACAUCGGCGGUCAACAUCUUGUUUGGUAGGAAGGCUUUUACCGGUGGAACCGACGUUGUUUACCCCAUCAAUAUUCACCAACUUGCCACUCUUUAAUUUCACUUCAAUCUCCAUAUAUUGUCUAUUUUCCCCCACGCCUUCCAAUCUUUAGUUUUGGCACUUUGAAUCAUAUAUGUAGCCUAGCCCUGUUCAAUUCUUAA